AUGGAUAAAUCAAGGCUGAACUUAAAAAAUAAUCAUUUUUUUCUGUUUUUUAAAGGUUAUCCACCCAAUUUCAACAAAUACCAAAUUGCUUCUUUAUUUUCUAAUUUUCGUCCAUUAAAUGUCCAAUAUAUGGAAGGGGGAGAAACACUCGUUCAAUUUGCUAAUAAAUUUCAUGCUGUUCAAGUAAUUGAGCAAUAUAAUGGUCGUAAAUAUGAAGAUGAAGGGUUUAUUUUACAAGUUCGAGCAGCUGCAAAGGAUGAUCCAACACAAAAAAUUGGGGCAGUCAAAACAAAAUUGGCUAGUCUUCUUUUAAUGGUUACAACUUCAAAAGCUGUUGGGGGUGAAAAUGAAAAUACUUCUGUUACAAGUGAGGAAAAUAAAGAAGGGUGGUGA